AUGGAAUGGUAUGGAUAUGUUGCGAUUUUGUUAUUAAUUCUAUUAGCGAUUGUUGUGGGUGUUAUUCUUGCAUGUAUAUUAGGUGGUCAACAUUGUACAGUAUCGAUUCAACAACGUCAACAAAAUCAUGAAUUAACAAAAAUACAACAAGAACAAGAAAGAAAACGAGAAAAAAAAUUAAGUUCAAAAUUAAAACGAACAUUUCAUCAUUCAUCUAAAACAGAACAACCUAUAAAACCUAUUGAAGAUGUUAAAACAGUUGAAUUUACAUUAAAAGUAGGUGAUGAUCGUAAAAAAACUGAAGAAUUAACAACAAAUAAUGAAUCGACAAUGAUUCUUUUACCAACAAAACGUGUGACUCAAGCUGAACUUGAUGAACGACAGAAAAAACGAGAUGAACUUAGAAAAAAAUAUAAUCUUUAA